AUGGUAGCGCCCGCAUCUAAUAGGAAUACUCGUCCUGCUGAAGAACCAGAAAGGACCUCCCGUCCUGCUGAGGAACCAGAAAGGACCACCCGUCCUUCUGAAACCCCCGACUCAGAUUAUGACUCAUCAUUGGAUCUUUACCCACCUGAUUCAGACCUUCUCGAAGAAGAAAGCAAACUACGCCAUUAUUUGAAAGACGAAGUCGAACACCUCACAAAAAAGAUAGCCCGCAGCAAUGCCAGACGUAAGGAAUGGUUGACAGACAUGCGCGGUGCGGUUAGAAAAUUCCGCACCUUACCAGACAAAGUCUUAAUCAAUAACAUUAGACGUGCUACGGACGAUGAUAUAAAAUACGAUUUGACUAAAAUAAGGGAGGACCUACCUUCGCGUAUUACCAUCAAGACAUUCUUGAAGGCCAUUGAUAACCACUAUGAGAGAAGCUCAAAAGAAACUGUUAGGCAUGUCAAUUUAAUUGAUCGCCCAAAAUUUAUCACAGCCGCCUCGCUAAGACGUGCUCGCGAUGCAUUUGAAAACAUCUGUGAUGAAGAAAACAUGACUUGUGCCAUUUAUGCCACAAAACAUUAUUUACCUCCUAGAAUUGAACGUCAAAUCGACGACCUUCAUUGGCCAUCUCCUUCCACCAUUCUCGAUGAAUUGGAUAACGAAAUCGAGAAGCGCAAAGCUAAAGAAAAAUAUUUCAAAUCGAAUAAGUAUAAGAAUAAGUUUAACAAACGUAGGUACAAUCCUAAACGUUUCAACAAUAACCGCAGAAACAAUAAUAGUUCAGGCGGAGGAUUUUCCUCUAACAAAAAUACAAAAAAACUAACUAACCCAUCUCAACAACGUUAUACUAAUUUUUAUAUCAAUUCUCUAUCUGUUGUUGAAGAUGGUCCACACAUUUCUCCAUCCCAACAAAUUGCUAUCCUAAAACAUCAACUAUUACAAUAUGACUAUGAAAAUAAACAACCUAUCAAUCGCUUCGAAAUUCCAAUUAAAUUUUGUCUUAACAAACAAAAAACACAUACGUGUCUACUAGACACAGGCGCCUCAACUAAUUUAAUCCGUUCCGACAUACUCGCCGGAUUUUCAAACAUAAAAUAUGAAACAAUAACCCCAAUUAAACUAACUGUUGCCACUGGAGAACACAGAUACUUAAAGCAUAAAGUUCAACUAAGCUUUACCUUAUCGGGCCAGCAACACCAACAACACUUCUAUGUCGUCCCUACAAAACUCAAACCUUCCAUAAUACUUGGAGCACCAUUUAUUAAUAACAACCCCCAACUUUUCAUAAAAAUUCUGCAACAGGGUAAUGAUUCUAGAUCUACAACUAAGGCAACAAUAGCAGAAACGACACGCGGAUUGGACCAUGAUUUAAGAAAUCCAAUUAAUGAGAAAUACUUACUAUGGGUUACCACGUCCGACGUUUCUACUACCGAAUUACCAAAAGAACUACAAGACCGAUAUGCAGACCUGAUCGUUGACGAUUUACCUCCCACAUCCACUACUACAACUGUCAAACAUGAGAUCGAACUAGUACCUGGUACGGCACCUAUCGCUAAACGCGCAUACAGACUUUCACCAGUCAAAAGGGCCGAACUCGAACAACAAAUCAAGGAACUUAUCAGUUCAGGAAGAAUAUCUCCAUCAGACUCACCAUUCGCCGCCCCAGUACUUUUUGUCAAAAAGAAAGAUGGCUCCAGCCGUCUAUGCGUUGACUAUCGUGGACUAAACAAUGCCACAGUUAAAUCAAAGUUCCCUUUGCCCCUUAUUGAAGAUGUAUUAGACAGUCUGCAUGGAGCCAAGAUAUUCAGUAAACUUGAUCUCAUUUCAGGAUACCAUCAAGUAUCAGUCAAUGAACCCGACCGUUACAAAACUUCCUUCAUAACACACGAAGGACAAUACCAAUGGAACGUUAUGCCCUUUGGCCUUACCAAUGCCCCAGCCACAUUUCAACGACUAAUGAACGCAGUUCUUCGCCCAUAUAUAUCGAAAUUUUGUGUUGUCUACCUCGAUGAUAUCUUAAUCUACUCAAAAACCAGAGAAGAGCAUUUACACCACAUUUCCCAAGUUUUGGACAAACUACGUAAACACAGCCUUUACCCUAAAAAGAGUAAAUGCCACUUUAUGUUGACUCAAGUCCAAUUCCUAGGACACGUGAUCAAUGCAAAUGGGAUUAGCACAGACCCAGAAAAGAUAAACGCUAUCAAGCAAUGGCCAAUAUUACGUAACUAUAAAGAUGCCCAAAGAUUCCUAGGCCUUGCCAAUUAUUAUCGUCGCUUCAUCAAAAACUUUUCGAAAAUGGCUUCACCACUCUAUGAGUUUGCCGCGAAGAAAAAUACGAAAUGGACAACCGAAUGUCACAACGCUUUUAUUAGUUUAAAAGAUGCUUUGAUUUCUGCACCAAUUCUAAUAGCAUUUGACCCUAAAUCACCUUACCAGCUUACUAUGACAGUCGAUGCUUCAGACAACUGCAUCGGUGCAACAUUAGAAUACAAAGAUGGCAGAAAACCAAAAGGUGUCAUAGCAUACCUAAGUCAUAAGCUUCAUUCAUAUGAAACGAGAUGGCACAUCCGAGACAAAGAAUUAUAUGCCAUUGUGUUUGCACUCAAAAAAUGGACACACUAUGUCCAAGGUAGCCAUGUUAUUAUCUACACAGAUCACAAAACCAACGUUAACCUUAACCGAUUAGCAUUACUCAGUCCCCGCUUAGCACGAUGGGCUGAAGUCUUGGCUAAUUACGAUUUCGAGAUUAAAUAUAUACCCGGUCCCCGAAACCAUGCCGACAUUUUAUCACGCCCUCCUGGCGAACCUGAAAUUACGGACUCAACUGACAAUGACCUUAUCGAAAUUGAUAGCGAUCACACUGACGUAAAUAACAAACAAGGAAACAGUCCUGAAACCCAGCACCUAGCAAAAGUCUUUUUCGAUCCUAGACCGAUAAAAGACUUAAAGAACGUCACGAUCGAAACUAUCAACGCCGAAGUAUUAAAAGAUCCUUAUUAUGAAAAUAUAGCACAGUACAUUCGCGACCCUAACCGUCCCAUACCAAGCAAAUACUUCGAACUAGUCAGACGUUUCAGAUAUUUCGGUGAUAUACUAGUAUACCAGGAUAAACAAGAUUAUGUCGUCUACAGAGUUUGUAUACCGAAAACACUUGUGCAUGAGAUCAUUCGAGAACAUCAUGACACCCCGUUAUUCGGUCAUCGUGGUGCCGAUACCACAUAUAAACAUCUCUUAAAAGGAUUCUACUGGCCUAAUAUGCUCGACUCCAUCAAACAAUACAUCAAACGUUGUCCCGAAUGUCGCAAAGGUAAACACCCUACGACACAUCCAUAUGGCCCAUUACACUCACACCCUAUACCAAAUCAGCGAUGGUCAGAAAUUUCAAUCGAUUUUAUCGAUGCUUUUAAAACAAGCGGUGAUAAUAAAUAUGAUCGUAUCUUAACAAUCGUUGACAAUUUCACAAAAAUGGCACAUUUCAUACCAUGCAGAAAGAAAGAUUUUACAGCUGAAAUGUUGACAGAUAUAUUCAUUCAGAAUAUCAUAAAAUUACACGGUAGGCCUCUCAGAAUACUAUCAGAUAACGAUGUUUUAUACACCGCCACAGCCUGGACAGCUGUCAUGAACAGACUACAAAUUCAUCGUGAUUAUACGACAGUUGCGUCUUCCUCAAGCAAUAGUUUUGCCGAACGCACAAACCGCACAAUCGAAGAAAUACUUAACACACUAGUGGCACAUUCGCCAACAAAAUGGUCAACCUACUUACCACUAGCCGAAUUCGCCUAUAACAACUCGUAUCAAGCAACUAUCGAUACCACACCAUUUUUCGCUAACCAAGGAUAUCAUCCUUUAGCCAUCAAUUACUAUAUGCCAAUGCAAGGCGAUAAUGCACCAUACAAACUUACAGAUCACCCUACGAUUGACGAACAUCAAGAGGCUCAAGAGGCUCUAUAUUUGAAAAUCAAACAGAAAAUAGCUGAUCAGAACGCCGCGAAAGCCCUUAAAAACAACGUCAACUAUCAAACACAUGCUUAUCAGCCGGGAGAUCAAGUGGUAGUGCAUCAAUCUGUCUACAAACCUCCUAAGCGAGAUGAGUACAAUCAGUUAAAACAAAUCAGUAAAAAGCCACACUACGUGUGGUACGGUCCAUUCACAAUCAAAGCGAAAAAGACUGACCAAACAUACCUUGUCCGAACACACAACCGCCUCGACGGAAACUUAAAAGAAUUUCACAUCCGACACAUGAGACCAUACUAUAAAAAGCUCCUACCUAAGCGGAACGUCCCUCCAAUCGAUACUGCCAAAGCCGAUUCCGUGGCCCAUGAAUCCACGAACGUUAUCAAUGUCGACUGGAAACAUAACGAUUGGCGCAUGGCCGCGCAAUGGGCCCACUGCGAACCUUGGGACUACUCAAUUUAUGAUCAAAAAGAUAAACCGCUUUUAUCACACCUAGAGCAAAGGAUGGACAUGUUUGAUACAACCAUUUCCCUCAAACAAGCUCUAGCCCGAUUAUAA